ACCUCGUCGUACAUUCCCCUCUCAGACCGAGGUCAAUGGGCGGGCAUCACGCCCAUACCUCAAAAUGACGGACCGAACCCACUAGUGGCCAUCAUGUACUCGCCAGAGUACCGCGAUGCGAUGGACUUCUUCCGCGCUGUCUCUGCCUCCGGCGAGAAGUCGGAGCGCGCCCUCGAGCUGACCGAGACCAUCAUCCGGAUGAACCCUGCCCACUAUACUGUCUGGCAGUACCGUAUGGCCAUCCUGCUGGAGCUGGGCAAGGAUCUCGAGGUAGAGCUGGAGCUCAUGAACGAGUUUGCCAGGGAGAAUCUCAAGUCGUAUCAAGUCUGGCACCAUCGUCUUCUGCUCAUGACUCACAUAUCUCCCGCCUCGCCCCAAGCCGAGAUCGACUAUAUCCAUACUUCCCUCCUUCCCGACCCGAAGAACUAUCAUACCUGGGCAUACCUCCACUGGCUCUUUUCGCACUUUCACACCCUCGGCCGAAUCACGCCGAAGAUGUGGCAAGAGGAACAGCGCUGGUGUGACGAGAUGUUGCGCGUUGAUGGUCGGAACAACUCGGCGUGGGGAUGGAGGUGGUUCCUGACGAUCGCUAGGCCGGAAGCGGGGGGAUUGGCAGAUCAAGGUCGAGGGGAGAUCAUAUACACCCUGAAGCAGAUCCAUACGAUUCCGCACAACGUCUCUGCUUGGAAUUAUCUUCGAGGCCUCCUCAAACACUUUUCUCACCCCUUUUCUCCAAUCCUCCCCGCACUCCACCCGUACCUCGCCCACCCAGACCUCAAGUCCCUCAUACCAUCCCCACCCUCGUCGUCUUUAUCGAACCUCCCGGCAGCUCGGGAUCCCCUCCCGGGCGAUACACCUCUUCCCAUCUCCCAUGCGGUGGAGUUUCUGGCGGACACGUUGGUCGAGAUGGGCAGACUAGGAGACGCAGGGUUGAUAUUUGCCAAACUCGGCGAGCUGGACCGGAUGCGAGCAGGAUAUUGGGAGUAUAGGAGGCGCGCCUGCGCGGACUAG